AUGAAACUCGCCUCAUACACAACUUUGUCAGCCGCUGCUGCUGUGCUCUUACAACUGGGCACUUUUGUCCACGCCAACCCCAUGUUUGAAGAACACAACGAUGCCGCUUCAACCGAAGACAACUGUCAAGGUUUUAGAGUGACUUUUCCCGCAGGCACAGGUCUUCAAUUCGAGGAGAACAGUAAGCAUUUGGUUGCCUGGGGUAAGGCACCUGCUGGUUUGGAUCAAGUCAACGUUACAUUGGCAAACGCCAACCAAGAGGCUGUGGCAUGGCUCGGUCUUUAUGAUGCUUCACUCGGUGCCACCACUAGUGAAAUGCCCUUCCCUCUCAAUGGCCAACAACCAGGCGAUUAUCAUAUCCAUCUUGCUGGUGUGGGUAGCAACGCUUGUCAAGUUGAUUCCGAUCCAUUCAAGAUGAAUGCUGCCAAGACCAUUCAACAAGCUACCACCAACAAUCUUCAACAAACCGGAUCCAACACAUCCAAUGACGACCAUGAGGAUGCAGCAUCCAACUUUACCAAUGAUGAUCAACGCACCCAUUUGAACGAGGACAUGUUGAAUGAGAUUGAACAGCUUGCUCAAGAAAAGACCAAGCAUGACAAUGCUAAAUACUUCACCAACGACGAUCAACGUACCAACAAGCAACAUUCGAAUGCUGAUGCUAGCUGGUUCACCAAUGACGAUCAACGUUCUCAUAAGAAUGAUAGCGAGCAUGAUGAUAGCUUGGAUGCCUGGUCCACUGAAGAAGUGUCUAUGGAGGAUGCAAAGACAUGGCAUGAUGAUAGCGCUGACGUUGUGGAUCAUUCCAAUGUGGGUGAAUGGACUUCUGAAGAUCUCGAUCGUGCCCAUGUUGAUGCCGAAGGCUUUUACAACGAAGAGGAACACGAGAACGAUGCCACUGUCAACUACAUCACCGAUUACUCCAAUGUGGGCGAGUGGCAAGCUGAACAAGUCGAUGCCAACGAGGAUGAAUAUGUUGCCUCCCAUGAUGAUGCUUCACCAGCUGAUGGUUGGGUUGAAGAUGGCAAGAGCGAUCUUUUUGAUCAUACCAACCUUGGCAGCUUCAGCGCCGAAGAAAUCACUGUCGAUGACGAUGUUCAACAACAUCAGGAUAUCACUGGCUGGCAAGCUGAAGAGAUUCAAGUCAUGGCUGAAGAACAACAACAACAUGACAACGUCGCCGAUCAAUGGGUUGAUGAAAGUGGCAACGAGCAACAAGAACAACAUGAGGAUGAUGCUACUGCUUGGAUCACCGAAGAGCUCGAUGAAAAUGGCUUGAGCAACGAUAUCCAACAAGAACAUAAGAAUGAUGUUGAAGAAGAUGAUGCUCCUGCUGAAUGGCAUAUGGAUGAAUUGCCCACCUCUGUGCCAUCGUGGGAAGAGCAAGUUGACAAUGCUUCCUUGGCUGAUCAUACCGAUGCUGCACCUUUUAUCGCUGAGGAAAUCAAGGAAGAGAAUGAACAUGCCAACAUCGCUGAUCAAUGGAUGGAUGAAUCUUCUUCCUCCUCUUCCUCUCAACCCCAUGCCAAUGUGGCUGAUCAAUGGAUGGAUGAAUCUUCCUCUUCUUCUGCUGCUGCUCAACCUCAUGCCAAUGUGGCUGAUCAAUGGAUCGAGAAUGAUGCUGCUCCACAUACCGAUCAAGCAGCCCCUACCGGUAAAGCCACCACUGGUAUCUUGCCCAAUUAUUCUAGCGACUCGUCUGCUUUGAAUGGUGAUGAUGCUACUACCUCCUCCUCCUCUUCCAACACUCACAAUGAUGCCGCUCCAAUCUCGUGGUUGUCUCCCGAAGCACUCAUGGCCAAAUGGUAG